AGCCCUUUCGGCUCAAGCCGUGCUGGCGCAAGCUUGUUCCGCAACUCAUCUCCCCCGCGCACUUCGAUUCGGGGAGCACCCUGCUCUAACAGUUCUUUUUACUACCCGCGCACUUCGGCAGCGCGCCCCCGUGCCGCCAGCCAGCCAUGGCAGCCGCCCUCUGCCGCGAUGCCGCCGCCGCCCGCUGCGGCGCACCCCUGCUCGGCGGUCCGCCCUCGGUGCCGCUCCGCUCCCCUGGCGGCGCCGCCCCGCCCACCGCGGGCGCCCGGGUGCCCCCGGGAGAGGUCCCGCGGCAGCAGCGGGAGCACUGGGAGGAGAGGUGCCUGGAGGAGGUGGUGGGCCACCUGCUGGACGGGCUGGACGACGGCUCGAUGUGGUACCUCAUCGCAGAGCUGCUCGCCUCGGGCGUGGCCAAGGUCGAGAAGGUGGAGGCCACGGCGCGGGAGGGCGAGGGAGCCGGCAGGGACGAGCGCGUGGCCGACGGCGGGCGCCCGGAGCCCGAGCCGGAGCCCGAGGCGUACGCGGUGCCAGCGCGCCGGCAGGCCCGCGGCACGCCGCUGGCGCGGCCGCCGCAGCACGGCGAGGACGAUCGCGGCCACCUCGCUCUGAGCAUGUCCGACGCCUGGGGCCGCCUCUCCGUCGACCGCGGCGCGCCCGGGCAGGCCAUCGCGGGCAACGUCGCCGCCCGCGAGAGGCGCCUGCGCCACUUCCGGCGGCUCCGCGAGCAGCUGGAGCUCCAGAACGCGCAGAGCAUGGGCAAGAUCUCGCGCCUCAUCAGCCACUGGGCGCCAGGGGGCUCCUCGCCGGGGGCGCCCAUGGGCCUGCCGGCCACCGCCGCGGCAGCCCCGCGCGCCGUCCAGGGGCAGCCGCGGGAGGCAGACAGGCGUUUGCAGCGGCCUCCGUGUGAAGUACCAGGGUGACGAGAUUGAGCGGAUCUUGCUGGCGCCCGUGCUCGCUGCGCGUGGACGUUUGAAGGCCUUCAUGCAUGGCACGCUGCGCGGCGUCGUGCGAAGCACUGGCGCGCACGCGCGCCGCAGCUGGCGUGCCAAAGGCAAGCCGCGUGGCGUUGCGCAAAGCGUUCGCCCCUGCGACACGCCACGCCUCUGGCAGCAUGAGCACAUGCACAUGCACGUACAUAGAAUGUCUAUUUACACGCUCGCAUACACCGUUUCUGUAUGCAUGUUCCCGCGCGCCCGAGCGACAGCCCGUGCGACGGGGCACCUCGCCUCGUGGCGACCUCCACAGCACGAGUCUCCAGAUUUUCCGCACAGGGGACCUCGGGCCGCGGCCUGGUGUGUGUGGAAGGAGGCUUGGGGCAUGAAGGACAGACGAACAGGUCAGCCCUGAUUGGUAGGUCAACCGCUCCAAAUCGAGGGGUCCUCCUCUUAGGGUGGUCUUUACUGUGCCCAGGCGCCGGCAGUCGCGCCCGCAGUCCCUCUCCGACCUGCGGGCCCUCUCCGAGCUGCUGGAGUAAUUGGGUGCACGCUUCCUCGUCGCCCUCCCCUCCGCUUCCCCACGCCCCUCCGCCUCUUGGGGUUUCGCUGGUCCUCUUCCUCCUCCUCCUGAUCUUCCCCGCCAUCCUCCGCAGCCAUUUUGGCUUAAGGCGUGUUGGCGCAAGCCGUUUGGGUUGAUGCCAGUGUUUCUCAAGUUGGGUUUCUGGCCUGCACCUCCGCAGCCAAUGGAGUCCUUUUACCGUGAGGUCCCUAUUGGUCUUACGCUUUUGCCCUGCCUGUUGGUGCUUCUGCUGCGGCAGCCUGUCCAGCAACUUCUGCGACCUUCGGCGGCAGCCUCCGCUACGGCCGCCGCGCCGGCAGCAGUGGCACCGCCGACGGGCAGCUGCAUCGGUAGCGUGAGUCUGGUGCACUUCUUCUCGCCUUUGUCUUCUCUCAGGAGAGGAAAAAACACACAGACACAAUUAAUCCUCGAUUCCUC